CUAAAGACCUGGCCUGAAGCUUUCCAAAGGCCGAGGAGAUCUGUCAAGCUUUGGCCCAAAGGCCUGGAGAUUCCCCCAAAGAGGAGGAAGAAUGACCCCAAGAGCCCUUCUGUCGCUUUUCCGAGGAGUUUUAUCGACAGUCCUAAGAGGCCCUUCUCAAGGAUGCCCUUGGCUGGCUGGCUGAGCUUCCUCCAUCUCCACCCACCGCCUUGGGAUCCUUGGAGCUGGAUUCGCAUCUGCAUCUUCCCUGUCCACACAUAACCGCCCCUUUUCUUCCCUUCCCUCUUCUCCUCCCAGUCGAUGGUCCUCUUACUGUCCUUGGUUCCUGAGCUGAAGGCCUUCCCUUCUUCUUCCUUCGUGGGCCAUGCCUGAGGUGUCCUCCAAGAGGACUUGGUGACUGGAACACAGAGCCCAAGGCAACUCCUCCAGGCAGCCCACCAUGCUUGGCUGGGACUGACCCUGGCUCCUCUCUCUCUUGGAUGAGUCUGUGGAGCUUCCCUGGCCAAAAGGAAGGGGGAAGAAACCACCAUGAAAGAGAAGUCCAAAAAUGCAGCCCGGACUAGGCGGGAGAAGGAAAACAGUGAGUUUUAUGAACUGGCCAAGCUGCUGCCUUUGCCUUCGGCCAUCACUUCACAACUGGACAAGGCCUCCAUCAUCCGGCUCACCACCAGCUACCUGAAAAUGCGUGUAGUCUUCCCAGAAGGAUUGGGAGAAGCCUGGGGCCACGCGAGUCGAACCAGCCCUUUGGACAACGUCGGGAGAGAGCUGGGAUCCCAUCUCUUGCAGACCUUGGAUGGUUUCAUAUUUGUAGUAGCUCCAGACGGCAAGAUCAUGUACAUCUCAGAGACUGCCUCUGUUCAUUUGGGUUUGUCACAGGUGGAGCUGACCGGGAACAGCAUCUACGAGUACAUCCACCCGGCCGACCACGACGAGAUGACAGCUGUCCUCACCGCCCACCAGCCCUACCAUUCCCACUUCGUCCAGGAGUACGAGAUCGAGAGGUCCUUCUUCCUCCGGAUGAAAUGCGUCCUGGCCAAGAGGAACGCGGGACUCACCUGCGGAGGGUACAAGGUCAUCCAUUGCAGUGGCUACCUGAAGAUCCGCCAGUACAGCCUGGACAUGUCCCCCUUUGACGGCUGCUACCAAAACGUGGGCUUAGUGGCCGUGGGCCAUUCUCUGCCCCCCAGCGCCGUGACUGAGAUCAAGCUGCACAGCAACAUGUUCAUGUUCCGGGCUAGCCUGGAUAUGAAGCUCAUCUUCCUUGAUUCACGGGUAGCUGAGCUGACCGGGUAUGAGCCCCAGGACCUGAUAGAGAAGACCCUCUACCACCACGUCCACGGCUGCGACACCUUCCACUUGCGCUGUGCCCACCACCUGCUGCUAGUGAAAGGGCAAGUCACCACUAAAUAUUACCGCUUCCUAGCCAAGCAAGGCGGCUGGGUCUGGGUCCAGAGUUAUGCCACCAUUGUCCACAACAGCCGAUCUUCACGGCCUCAUUGCAUCGUCAGCGUCAACUACGUCCUCACGGAUACAGAGUACAAAGGACUACAGCUUUCACUGGAUCAGGUUUCGGCCACAAAGCCAUCAUUUCCAUAUGCAAACACAACUCCAACUAUAACUGACAAUAGAAAAGGAAGCAAAUCACGCCUUGCAAGCACAAAGUCAAAAUCUAGGACAUCGCCAUAUCCACAGUAUUCUGGAUUUCAUACUGAGAGAUCUGAGUCUGACCAUGAGAGCCAAUGGGGUGGAAGCCCAUUGACUGACACUGCAUCUCCACAGUUAAUGGAUCCCUCGGAAAGACCAAACUCCCAGCAUCAUGAUGCCUCCUGUGCCUAUAGACAAUACUCGGACCGCAGUGCUCUCUGCUAUGGUUUUGCACUUGACCAUUCCAGGCUAGCAGAUGAGAGGCACUUCCACACUCAAGCCUGUGAAGGUGGCAGGUGUGAGGCUGGCCGAUACUUUCUUGGUACACCCCAGUCUGGGAGAGAAGCAUGGUGGGGUUCUCGUUCUGGCCUUCCCCUCACCAAGUCUUCUCCCGAGAGCAGAGAAACCUAUGAAAACAGUAUGCCUCACAUAACUUCCAUUCACAGGAUACAUGGAAGAGGUCACUGGGAUGAAGAAAGUGUUGUUAGUUCCCCAGACCCUGGUUCUGCUAGUGAGUCAGGGGAUCGCUACCAUUCGGAGCAGUAUCAGGGCAGCAGCCCACAUGAGCCCAGCAAAAUUGAAACUCUCAUCAGAGCAACUCAGCAGAUGAUUAAAGAAGAGGAAAACAGGCUGCAGUUACGAAAAUCAACUUCUGAUCAGCUGGUUUCCCUUAAUGGAGCAGGAAAGAAACACUCGGUUUGUUUUGCAAACUACCACCAGGUACAACAGUUAAGAGGAGAUGUCUGUAGGGCUCCCAGUGUCUCCAACGCCACAUCCCCCUGUGAACACACACAGCAACGAGAGGGGAAGAUGCUGAGCCCGCAUGAGAAUGACUACGACAACAGCCCCACAAGCCUCUCUAGAAUAAGCAGCCCCAAUUCUGACCGCAUUUCUAAAUCAGGAUUGAUCCUGGCAAAAGACUAUCUUCAUUCUGAAGUGUCACCUCAUCAAACUCCAGGAGAGAGUAACCCCACAGGUUCCCCAAACUAUUACAGUUCCCAUAAGCAGUACUUUGACAAGCAUGCUUACACAUUGACGGGCUAUGCUCUGGAGCACCUUUAUGAUAGCGAAACUAUUAGAAACUAUUCUUUGGGUUGUAAUGGAUCCCACUUUGAUGUGACUUCUCACCUAAGGAUGCAGCAAGAUCCAGCACAAGGACACAAGGGGACGUCUGUUAUAAUAACCAAUGGAAGCUGA